ACAUUUGGGCCCGAAUAGGAUGUAGCUUUUAGCUUGCCUUGUUUCUUAACCCUCCAAUGCUCUUAAGCUACUCCACCAAUCAAUCAUCAUCUUCAACUUCCAUCAGAGGCUACUAAUGGAAACUUCUUUUCAAGACUUUUUAAUGAGUCUGUUGUUCUGUAUAGAACUUGUAAGUUCAGCCCACUGAUCUCUAAUCCUUGCCUGCCAUGGAAACCGGUGGUUCUCUCUGGCUCAUCUUCUUCCUCUGCCUGGGUCUCCUGCAGGUCCGGGUCAAACCCGACCCAGACCCACUCCAGGACUACUGCGUUGCAGACACCACGAGCCCACAAGGUCGAGAUCUGUUUAUUAAUGGCGCUCCCUGCAUUAACCCGGCAAUGGCGACGCCCUCCCACUUCGCAACUUCGGCGCUAGCCAUGCGGGGUAACACCGCCAACCAAGUCGGGUCCAACGUGAGCCUCACCACCACCCGGAACCUGCCGGGUCUCAACACCCAGGGCCUGGCCAUGGCCCGGGUCGACUUCGCCGCCAGAGGCAUCGUGCCGCCGCACGCCCACCCUCGCGCCUCCGAGGUCACCAUCUGCAUCCAGGGCUCCAUUCUGGUCGGCUUCAUCAACACUACCAACCAUCUCUUCACCCAGCAAUUGCGCGCCGGCGACUCGUUCGUUUUUCCGAAAGGACUGGUCCAUUUUCUGUACAACGUCGACGCGAUGACCCCGGCGGUGGCCGUGGCCGGGCUGAACAGCCAGAACCCCGGCGCGCAGCUGGUGUCACUGGCCACUUUUGCGACGAAGCCGGCCAUUCCCGACGAGGUCGUGGAGAGGGCUUUUCAGAUUACGGGUCAAGAGCUUGCCCGAAUCCGGAAGAACCUUGGCGGGUGAUCGAUUGCUCAUGGAUUUGGACCCAAUUCAUUAUUUCAGUAAAUUACACUCGAAACGUUUUAAAAUUGCAGCGUCGAUCCUCACAUUUUGAAUAUUAUACUAAUUUCCCUUUAAGAAAGUCUGUAUACUCCACUUAAUGUAUAUCUAAGUUACGAAUGGUUUGAUCUAAAAUUUGAAUAAUGGGUAACUUUUGAUAUAUCUUUUAUAUUUAUGCUAAUCUUAAAGAUUCUAAGUGUAAUUUUUCCUCAUUGUUACCAAUGUGUGAU